AUGGCGGAAGCGAAUGACGCCGUCAUGCCGGACACCGAGGACGAAGACGCUGACGAAGAGUCUCGCAACUUCUCUGCUGAUGAAGAGGAGGCCUCCGAUGAGAUCCCAGCAUCACUUGUCAGCUACUUUGAGGCGUCCAGAAGGCGACUGGAGGCUUGCAAGAAGAUCAUCCUGGAGGACCUUCAAGGUGUGACCGCAUCACCGAGCAAUGAACGGACAACAAAACAAGCAGAGUUCGCUGAGGACGAGCAGAAACCUGCUGACCCUGACCCUGUCCUCCAUGCAGACCAAGAUGUGCUUUCUCCUGACAGCCAAGGUGAAUGUGGGGCAGAAGAGUGCGAUAACUUCCUGUCGGACGAGGAGGGACAGAGCGUGUCCAACUACCAGCAGGAUGGAGGAGGUAGAGCGCUCCAGGUGGAGGUGGAGACAAGCAGACGGAGAGAACAAGACUUUGAGGAGGAGCUGAAAAGGAUGAUGGAAGUUGAGAAGCUGCGGCAGAAGGAAGUAGACUUGAUGGAGAAGAAGGCUCAGGAAGAACUGGAGCAGGAAUUCCAGCUGCAACAGGAGCUGGUCCACGACCUGAAGCGACGAGUGGAGGAAGAGGUGAAGAUGAGAAAGGAGGAGCAGAAGAGGCUGAUAGAAAGAAAGGGAGAGGAUGAAGAAAGACAGAUGAAGAAAGACGGAAAGAGAAAUAAAGGGGAGGAAGAAGAGAGGAGGGAAGAGGAAGAGUGGGAGCAAAUUGGGCAAGAUGAAAAGAGGCAGAAGGAGGAAGAAGAUGAGAGGAGAGAGGCGGGGAGGAAGAUGAAGGAAGAAGUGAGGAGGAUGAGAGAAGUAGAGGAAAACAAGAAGAAGAAGAAAGAGGAAGAAGACGAGAGGAGGACGGAGGCUGUGAGGAAACAGAUGGAGGAAGAAGUGAGGAAGAUGAGACAAGAAGAGAAAAAGAAGAGGAAAGAGGAGGAAGAAGAGGAGAGGAAACUGAUGGAGGAAGAAGUAAGGAGAAGGAGAGAAGAGAAAAAGAAGGAGGAAGAAGAGGAGAGGAAACCGAUGGAUGAAGAAGUAAGGAGAAGGAGAGAAGAAGAAAAAAGUAAGAGGAAGGAGGAAGAAGAGGAGAGGAAACUGAUGGAGGAAGAAGUGAGGAGGACGAGAGAAGAAGAGAAAGAGAAGAGGAAGGAAGAGGAAGAAGAGGAGAGGAAACUGAUGGAGGAAGAAGUAAUGAAAAGGAGAGGAGAGAAAAAGAAGAGGAAGAAGGAGGAAGAAGAAGAGAGGAAACUGAUGGAGGAAGAAGUAAGGAGAAGGAGAGAAGAAGAGAAAAGUAAGAGGAAGAAGGAGGAAGAAGAGGAGAGGAAACUGAUGGAGGAAGAAGUAAUGAAAAGGAGAGGAGAGAAAAAGAAGAGGAAGAAAGAGGAAGAAGAAGAGAGGAAACUGAUGGAGGAAGAAGUAAGGAGAAGGAGAGAAGAAGAGAAAAGUAAGAGGAAGAAGGAGGAAGAAGAAGAGAGGAAACUGAUGGAGGAAGAAGUGAGGAGGACGAGAGAAGAAGAGAAAGAGAAGAGGAAGGAAGAGGAAGAAGAGGAGAGGAAACUGAUGGAGGAAGAAGUGACGAGGAUGAGAGAAGAAGAGGAGAACAAGAGGAAGAAGGAGGAAGAAGACGAGUGGAGGAAAGAGACGAAGAGGAAACAGAUGGAGGAAGAGAGAUGGAAGACGGAAGAAGAGAGGAAGUGGAUUGAGGACAAGGAGAGGAGGAAAGAAGACAGCAAAGUGGAAGAAAAAGAAAGGAAGAGGAGAGAGGUGGAGAUGAUGCAAAUGGAGGAAGAGGUGAGCAAGAAGAUGGAAGAAGAGAGGAGGAAAGAGGCAGCAAAGAAACUGAAGGAAGAAGAGUUGACAAGGAAGAAGGAGAAAGACGACAAGAGGAAAGAAGCAGAGAGGAAGCGAAUGGAGGAAGAAGAAAAGAGGAGGGAGAGUGAGGAAGAAGAAGAAAGGCAGCAAAAGGAGGAAGAUGUGGCGAGAAAGAGGGAGGAAGAGGAGAAGACAUGGCAAGAGGCAGGAAGAAUGAAAGUGGAAGAGAAAGAAGAAGAAAACAAAGACCUAGAAGAAGAAGAGAGGAGCAAGAGGAGUGAUGAAGAUCAGAGGAACGACGAAGAUGAGAGGAUGAAGGACAAAGAGGAGAAGAUGAUAGAGAAGGAAGAAGAGGACAGGAUGACACAGGAUGAAGAGAUGAGGACAAGAAGGAAGGAGGAGGAGAAGAGAAGGAGCACAAGCAGGAAGUGUGAACAGAGAAAAGAGGAAGAAGAUGGGGGAGUGACCAAGAUGGAGGAGGAAGAGGAACUACCCGUGAAGGAUGAAGGGAUGAUGGAUAGGAGGGAUGAGAAGAUGGAUGAACGGAUAAAUGAUGAGGAGAACAGUGGAAAGAAAGAGAAGGAUGGAUGUGGAAGCAGAACAAGUGGACAGAAAAACCCCAAAGAAGAAGUGAGGGAGGAAGAAGAGGAGAUCUUCAAGAUGGAGACACAUGAAGUAGAGGAGGAUGAAGAAGCAGAGAGAAGACAAGAUGAGCAGAGGAUGAAAGACAACUCCGCAGCACCUUCACGUCCUCCACAACCUCCACCUGACAACACCCGUCACAAAUCCUCUUCCUUCUCCCAGAACUUGGCGCAGAGGAGGCGGUCCUGGAUGGAGAGCUGCGUCUUCUGGGCGGAACUCUCCGUGCAGAACAGGAGCAGGUCCACAGGUUCUGUGGGAACCAGGAGAGAGUUCAGGAGGUCCACGGAGACCAGCGUGCUUCCUCCGCUCUGUCCAGACAUCCUGAAGCAGAGCACAGGCAGGAGAUCCCUGCAGGAGGUGACCACGUUGCUUCUGGAGGACUUGCCCGGCUGCAGCUUGUCCACUCUGGCUCAGUGUGCGCGGCUGCAGUCUCUCACCCUCAGACGAUGCGGCCUGACGGUUCUCGACAGCAUUAACCAGCUAGCAGAGCUCCGCUACGUCGACGUCCAGCAAAACGACAUCUGGCGGGUGGACUGCGAGAAUAUGAGCGACCUGCGAGCCCUGAAACUGGGCCGCAACAAGCUGACAUCCAUUCAUGGACUAAGUGGAGCAGAGAACCUGGACCUUCUAGAACUGUCCCACAACGCCAUCACACGUGUCGCUGGUCUGGGUUCUUUAAGGAGACUCCAGAGGUUGUCUUUGGAUCACAACCAGCUCAUUAGCACCAAAGGGCUGAAGGACGUUUGCACUCUCCUGCACCUGGACUGCUCACACAACCACCUGGCCAGCGUGGAAGGUCUGGACGGCAACCUUCUGCUCACCACGCUGGACUUGACCUGCAACAACCUGACUGAGCCGCCAGCGCUGUACGACCACGUCCUCCUGCAGGAGCUCCGUCUGGGCGACAACAGCAUCUCGUCCCUGCGGGGCCUCGCCGCCUGCUGGCUGCCACUCCUGCAGACGCUCAACGUGGCCCGAAACAGGCUCACACACCUGCCCCACAUGUCUGCUGCUGUGUCCCUCUCCAACCUCGACCUGCGCUACAACUGCCUUUCAGAUUUGAAGGAGGUGUGCCAGAGCCUGGAGGGAAGUCCUUCCCUGAAGGAGGUCCACCUCAUGGGGAAUCCUCUCCAGCAGGAGAGCAGUUGGAGAUCAACUCUGCAGAGAACUGUUCCUAGUCUGAGGACAAUCGAUGGUACGGAUGCCGACUUCACUCAGGAUGAUGUUGCUAGGCAGACUAGCCCAUCCUCGGACAGCUUCCUCAAGUUCAUCCAGGAGCAGCUUCAGCAAACUCGCGAUUUAAAGCAGAAGCACAGCGAGCAACUCAGCAAAGACUUGAACCCGCUGGACGUCAUAAGAGUGACCUGCCGACACUUUGCCGAAACCUUGCGUCUGGCCAAGGACCACCGGCGUGCCCACGAGUGCGCCGACAUCGACGACGGCGAGCAAAAAGCUGCUGGUCUUUUCGUUGCUGAGCGAGUCUGCGACGGCGAGGUUCCCCCGGUCCCUUGCAACAAGGAGAGCCGCCAUGACACUUCACCAGAGCAGGAGGUGUCCCCGUGUUGUGACGUUCAGAGCCCGGCAACAGAGGGGAAGUUCACCUGUCAAGACGUCAGCCCCAAAAGCGCUGACGCUGGACUGGCUUUUACAUCUGAGGACGGAGGAGGAAAAACCAAGUGUGGAGCUUCUUCUUCGAAUGUUGCCAAACGCCAUGCAGCUGCCAUCAUCCAGGCACACUGGAGGGGCUUCACGUUGAGGAGGAGGCUGGCGUCUGCUCUCGCUGCCGUCGCGCCACCCGACACAGGCCAGGAGGACAUCUUUGAAGUGGUGGACCUGGACGAGUUUGUUGUCGAUGAGGCAACGCUGGAGCGAGGAUGGAGCUUGGCGCUUGAUGACGAGCUUCCUACUGGAUGUUCGUCAGUGCUGAAGCAGCAGCUUCCGGGCUCCUACCAUGGACAUUCCCAGCUCGUUCUCCCACCUCUGCCUGUGCGGGGACCGACACAAGCCUGGGAGAUCAAGGACCAGGAUGACUCGACGUGCAAGACCGUGUCAGCACAGAGUGCUGCACAGAUGUUUCUGGAUUCUGAGUCAUGGGGAAGGCAAAAGAAUUGUCAAAGGAUCUGCGAGAAAAGAAACAAAUCUGUGGCGAGUGGCCUCUCUGAAAGAUCAGAGGACUUCCUGGAGGAAUGGGGCUUCACCAACAGGCGCACAGCCGAGCUGAUGCUGAGAAGAGCCCAGAGGAUGAAGUCCAAGAAGAAAAGCUCAGGUCCACCAGUGCACGUGGUGGCUUGUAGGAACGCACCGCUGACCACCUACCCGCUGGGUCCGCUAGAGGGACUAUGCGGUACUGAUGGUACCAAAGUUCUCCAAGCUGAGGUGUGCUUGCGGCGAGCGAGGCAGGACCGGACUCGGGAGUGGCUCCGAAACCAGGACACCCUGAGGAGCUCGGGAAGUGAGCAUUUUCUACCUGACAUCAGUUCCGACGUGUUGAGUGGCGGCCGUCCUCAACGUGCAGCAGAACCAGGCCAUGCAGAACAUCGGCAUCACACCAGUGGCGUUUGGGCCGGCAACAGCUUAUUAGUCCAAACAAGUAGAGAAAACGACUGUGAUCGACAAAACCCUCUUGUGACAAUUCUCCAAGCUGAGGUGUGCUUGCGGCGAGCGAGGCAGGACCGGACUCGGGAGUGGCUCCGAAACCAGGACACCCUGAGGAGCUCGGGAAGGCAGAACCAGGCCAUGCAGAACAUCGGCAUCACACCAGUGGCGUUUGGGCCGGCAACAGCUUAUUAG